AUAAAGCUUGACUUUAGACACCAAUUAAGAUGCAGUCAUAAAAUGCUAAGUAAAAAUCCCAGACCUUACCCAACGUUUAUGCUCUAGCGACAUGUAAUUAAAUUUGGGGGGUGAAUUAUAUACGCAUCAGCGGAACGAUCAUGGUCAAAAUUUGUAUAUAAGAGGCGAGUGUUGGAAUCCAGCCUAGUCAGUCGGAUCUGGAAACACUUAGAUGGCGUCCGAGAGCAAUACUACGAAAAUUGGCAGCUAUUCGUAUCCGUUUGCGGACUUGGCGGAUGAGCGGACGCGGAACUGGCCACUGGUUGAGUCGCCUUGGAACGUUCCCGCCCUGCUGGCCCUCUAUUUGCUGAUGGUGGCCUACGGGCCCAAAUGGACAGCCAGGUACAAGCCGCUGCAGUUGAGGGUGCCCUUGCUUUGCCACAGCUUAGCCAUGGCCUUCCUAAAUGCCUAUAUCUGUCUGGAACUCUUCACGGCAACGCGGGCCCUCGACUAUAGCCUCAGCUGCCAGCCGUGUCGGGUGAGCUAUAGUCCACAUGAAAUGCGGAUUGCCGCCGCUUUUUGGUGGUUUUACAUCUCGAAAAUACUGGAAUUCGCCGACACGGCUUUCUUUAUCCUGCGCCACAAGUGGACGCAGCUGAGCUUCCUGCAUGUGUACCACCACAGCACCAUGUUUGUCUUCUGCUGGAUCUUCGUCAAGUGGUUGCCGACGGGUUCGACUUAUGUACCAACUAUGAUUAACUCCUUCGUUCACAUCAUAAUGUACAGCUAUUAUGCUCUGAGUGUACUGGGUCCUCGCAUUCAGAAGUUUCUCUGGUGGAAGCGCUAUUUAACUGGCCUCCAGCUGCUGCAGUUUACCACAGUCUUGCUGUGGGCAUCACAGCUAGUUCUCCGAGGCUGCGAGUACGGAACCUGGCUAACCCCAGUUGGUGCAGCCUAUAUGGUUCCAUUCCUAUAUAUGUUCGGUAAAUUCUAUGUAGAAAAAUACAAGGUAUCCACAGCCGCCAAGAAAGCUGAGUAA